UGUGGCAGGUGUGACGUCACACACAGGGGCCGCAGUGGAGCAGUGACGUGUUAAAGACGGUGCAGCAGCGUUUGGACAAUACAGAUCAAAUUAAUAUACCGAUUUGUUUUUUUUUUACUCAUUUCUCGCAGCCCGACAAUCUGUGCAGGACACCGUGUGUGUGUGUGUGUUCUUGUGUACGUGUAUGUAUACGUGUGCGCGUGUGCGCGCUCUCGCCGGACUCUCGCUAGCCUGUUAGCCGUUUACUGGAACCGUACGAAAAGGCAAAACUUGGGCUUUCUCUCCCUUUACUUUGCGAAAUUAGAAGCCAAAAAAUGGGGUUGACCAUUUCCAGCGUUUUCUCGAGGCUUUUCGGCAAGAAACAAAUGCGAAUUCUCAUGGUUGGUCUCGAUGCGGCUGGUAAAACGACGAUCCUUUACAAACUCAAACUCGGAGAAAUCGUCACGACGAUUCCAACUAUAGGAUUUAAUGUUGAAACCGUGGAGUAUAAGAACAUUUGUUUCACUGUUUGGGAUGUGGGUGGCCAGGAUAAGAUCAGACCUCUGUGGAGGCACUACUUCCAGAAUACACAGGGACUCAUCUUUGUGGUAGACAGCAACGAUCGUGAGCGAGCACAGGAAGCUGCUGAAGAACUGCAGAAGAUGCUCCAAGAAGAUGAGCUCAGAGAUGCAGUAUUGCUGGUGUUUGCAAACAAACAGGACUUGCCCAAUGCCAUGGCUAUCAGUGAGCUGACGGACAAACUCGGCCUGCAAACUCUCCGAAGCAGAACUUGGUACGUUCAGGCAACCUGUGCCACUCAAGGAACAGGUUUGUAUGAAGGACUGGACUGGCUUUCUGAGCAGCUGAGCAAACGUUAAGCUGCAUUCAUCAGCUCAUGUGAAGGGGUGUUUUAACAAAGGACAUGAUCACACAACUUACAGACAAUGGAUAUACUCACUUAUCUAUAUAUUAGCUCAUGGCUAUUAAAUUUGAAACUGAGGCACAUUUAAUUAUAAUUUUUUUUUGCUGAAUUGGGUUGACUGACUUCUUUUAUUUUCAGCAUUUCAAUAAGGCGUGUGUACUCUGUUUUAGUUCGGUUAGACGUGUUUAAGGUGAAUUUUAAUACGGAUUAAGUGAUGGGAAUUAGAAGCUGUCCUUCAACUUGUAUUUUGUCAAACAUGGGAACAUAUUUAUAUUUAUACAAUCAUGUCUGCUCUCAUUCCAUUUUUAUGUAUCUAAAUUUGCAUGCUAUAAAUUACAAUUUUAGACCAAAUAUGUAACACCACUAUGUGUAGCUCUGUAACAGUGGUUAGGGUGGGGUGUUGAAGAUUUGUUUUUGUAUGAAAUUUUUAUUUGAUCACCUGAUUUAUUUGGCCUUAAUGCAGCAUACUAAUUACGACGCCUAACCGGACCACCUCGCUCUAUAACCAGCCUUUAACUGCAUUUACAACUGCCUUAAAAUACGCUUGUUUCCUGCUUUGUGACUCUUUCAUUUUCAUAUAAUGUUCAACUAAGUUGGAGAAGACCAAAUGAGAUAUCACCAGAUUUAUUUGUAUAUAUACACACACAUGUUGAAAGAAUCAGUCCUUUUUUUCCCCCCAUGGCUCAUUUAUUAAUUCCUAUUAAAGCUUGAAAUAAAAAUUGACAAGCUUCGAA